AUGGCGGCGCCCAUGGAGGUGGCCGUGUGUACAGACUCGGCCGGCCAGCUGUGGAGCUGUGUCGUGUGGGAGCUGCACUCGGGCGCCAACCUGCUCACGUACCGCGGCGGCCAGGCCGGGCCCCACGGUCUGGCGCUGCUCAACGGCGGGUACCUGCUGGCGGCGCAGCUGGGCAAGAACUACAUCAGUGCCUGGGAGCUGCAGCGGAAGGACCAGCUCCAGCAUAAGAUCAUGUGCCCCGGCCCUGUCACCUGCCUGACCACAUCACCCGAUGGCCUCUACGUCCUGGUGGGCAUUGAGGAAAGCAUACACCUCUGGGAGGUCUGCACAGGGAACUUGCUGUGCCUGCUCAGCCGGCACUACCAGGACGUGGUAUGCCUGCGCUUCACGGAUGACGGCAGUCACUUCAUCUCGGGGGGCAAGGACUGUCUGGCGCUGGCCUGGAGCCUCUGCAGCGUGCUGCAGGCAGACCCAUCCCGGAUCCCCGCCCCCCGGCACGUCUGGUCCCAGCACACCCUGCCCAUCACAGACCUGCACUGUGGCCUCGGGGGUGCGCAGGCCCGGGUGGCUACUGCCUCGCUGGAUCAGACGGCGAAGCUCUGGGCACUGUCGUCGGGCGAACUGCUGCUGUCCGUACUCUUCGACGUGGCCAUCACGGCCGUGGCCCUGGACCUGGCCGAGCACUACAUGUGCUGUGGAGGCAGUGACGGCCACAUCUUCCAAGUGGACCUGAGCGACCUGGACGGCCAGGACCAGCUGCGAAUCCGAGUCACGGAGCUGGAGAGCGAGGUGUGCAACCUGCGUAAGAUCAACCGAGACCUCUUCAACUUCUCCACCCGCAUCAUCACUCGGCCCCCCAAGUGAGCCGGGCACCCUGUCCUGUGGGGCCUGAGCCUCGGCCCGGAUGCAACUUCCCUACCUGGACCUGAGCCCAGGUGCGCCAAGCCUGGCCACAGCCCUCCCUCCUCCCCACUGGCCUCGGGUGUGGAGGUCUCUGAGGAGGAGAGAGGAGGGGGUGGCAAGGCCGGCUCAGCUGCUGCUUUUUGUAACGUUUCCUGUUGGCGCUGCUGUUGUGGUUGAUUUUGUUUUGUUUUUUAAGAAAAAACAACGUCCAAAUGC